CAGCGGGUCAAGUCAAUCGACAGGCAAAAAUCCAGACGUUUUGAACUGUGACACAAAAGCUUCAAACGGGCAACAGAACUACGGAAACGCCCUGUCGAUACAAACUAGGCGGCUCCCUCCUUUCUCUUUUGUUCCCUUUCCCUUCGAGCCUUCCGCCAAAAAUCCACUGGCCGAUUUCUCCAAUCAAACCUCUCCCCGUCCUUAAAACCCUUCAGCUCGUAGCUGUUUCCCCUGUCUCGCAUUCCCCCUUUCUUUUUCAUAUCCCCAUUUGGAAGCUUCUCCCGUUCUCCGACGUCAAAUGGCGCAAGUGGUGGCUACCAAAUCGAUUCACGGCUCGCUGCUGAGCCCUGGCUCUACUGGGUCGCUGCAGGAGCGAGCUGAGAGGCUGAAAGCUUCGAGCUUUGCCACCUCCAAAGCGUUCGGGCUCGAGAAUGAGAAGAAGAGGAGCAGCAAGAAGAGCAUUGGAGUUGCUCGUAGAAGUAGCAGACCAAUGGCGGCUGUCACGAGAUCUGUCCGUUUGGAGCCUGAAGUGGUUCCCGUCUCGCCGGAAGAUGUUCCAAAGAGGGCAGAGAGGUUUAUGGAGUUGCAGCAGUUUGGGGAUACUUCAGCGGGAGUGUGGUCGAAGCCUGCAGUGAAACGGAAGACCAAGAUUGUUUGCACCAUUGGCCCAUCGACGAAUACGAGGGAGAUGAUCUGGAAGCUGGCCGAAGCUGGAAUGAAUGUGGCUAGAAUGAACAUGUCUCAUGGGGAUCAUGCUUCCCAUCAGAAAGUGAUUGACUUGGUCAAGGAGUAUAAUGCCCAAUCCAAAGACAAUGUCAUUGCCAUUAUGAUUGAUACUAAGGGCCCUGAAGUUAGGAGUGGCGACUUGCCCCAACCGAUCAUGUUGGCGAAUGGCCAGGAAUUCACUUUCACAAUUCGUCGAGGAGUUGGAACAGCUGAUUGUGUUAGUGUGAACUAUGAUGAUUUUGUGAAUGAUGUAGAAGUCAAUGACAUGAUUCUUGUUGAUGGUGGCAUGAUGUCUCUGCUUGUGAAGUCGAAGACUGAAGAUUCGGUGAAGUGUGAAGUUGUAGAUGGGGGUGAACUGAAGUCUAGACGCCAUCUUAAUGUUCGAGGAAAGAGUGCAACACUACCUUCCAUCACUGACAAAGAUUGGGAUGACAUAAAGUUUGGAGUGGACAACAAAGUAGAUUUCUAUGCUGUUUCAUUUGUCAAAGAUGCACAAGUUGUUCAUGAGUUGAAGAAUUAUCUCAAGAGCUGUGGUGCAGAUAUACACGUGAUUGUAAAGAUUGAAAGUGCAGAUUCUAUACCCAAUUUGCACUCUAUAAUCACAGCAUCAGAUGGGGCAAUGGUUGCAAGAGGAGAUCUUGGAGCAGAACUCCCAAUUGAAGAAGUUCCACUUCUGCAGGAAGAGAUUAUCCGAUUAUGCCGAAGCAUGGGGAAAGCUGUUAUUGUGGCUACCAAUAUGUUGGAAAGUAUGAUUGUACAUCCUACUCCAACCAGAGCAGAGGUGUCAGAUAUUGCAAUUGCUGUUCGAGAGGGUGCGGAUGCAGUCAUGCUUUCUGGAGAAACUGCCCACGGAAAAUUCCCGUUGAAGGCUGUAAAGGUCAUGCACACAGUCUCAUUACGGACUGAAGCAACUUUGUCUCGCGGGCCAAUGCCAGUUGAUCUUGGCCAAGCUUUUAAGAAUCACGUGAGUGAGAUGUUUGCAUACCAUGCAACCAUGAUGUCGAACACUCUUGGGACAUCAAUCGUUGUCUUCACCAGGACCGGCUUCAUGGCUGUUCUACUUAGCCAUUAUCGACCUUCAGGGACAAUUUUUGCUUUCACUAAUGAGAAAAGGAUACAACAGAGGUUAGCAGCCUAUCAAGGAGUAUGUCCCAUUUACCUUGAAUUCUCCGAUGAUGCUGAAGAAACUUUUGCAGAUGCCUUGAAACUACUAAAGGAUCAAGGAAUGGUUAAGGAAGGCGAAGAGGUUGCUCUGGUUCAAAGUGGCAAGCAACCCAUCUGGCGAUUCCAAUCGACUCAUAAUAUCCAGGUCCGCGAAGUAUAGUAGACACAACAAGGAUAACAACGAUCAAAUCAUUUUCUCGCUCUUGUGCAAUUCGAGAUGAACCUGUAGAUUUGUUUUUUUACUGAACUCUGCUUUGCUUUGUAUCAAGCAUUUUGUAGCAUGUAUUUGAAGAAACUAGUGCCUGUUGAAAUCAAAAGCAUAUUGUACCCGUGUUUGCAAUGUUUGCUUUAUUAUUCCUUGUUCUACAAGGAUUUCCAAUGUGGAAAGGUUUCUCAUUUCUCAUAGACUUUUCUGAAUGGAUGAAGUAUAUACCCAUUUUGAAGAUCCCAGUACCUAGACCAAACCAUAACCCCUCCAUACUUGGGUGACUUCUUGAUCAGUGGAAGAAUCUGAAAUGUCAACACAUCUGAUGGAACACACCCACUCCCGGCUGCCUGAGGAGCCGCUGGCAAACCCAGGAAUAUCUUGCCAGCUUUAAUCGAAGUCGUCCAUCGAUUCCAGGAACUCACCAGGCUGUUAAUGUCACCGGAACCUGCAGAGUACUGGAACGGAGGGUUGUUAUAUAACUGGAUCCACAAGUAGUCGAAUAACCCUGUAUUAAGAGCAUUCCCCAAGUUCCUAUCCGGAAAAUGACAUUGAGGAGUUGCAGUCAGGUACACCUUCCGUCGACCCCUCUUGCCAUACGCAGACAAGUACCGCGCCAGAUCCUCCCAGUACAGGGUAGAGGCCUCGAUGUCGAAUUCGAUCCCAAUGGACGAGACGACGACUUCCCUCCCAGGUAGUUGUUCUAGAGGUACUCCGCCACGCCCUUGGCAUCUGCUCGAGAUGCCAACGAGUAGCUCCCGAUGCCACCUCCCAAUGAGAGCAUUACUUUGAUUCCUCUCCUCUGGCAGUCUCGGAUGCCGGUGCUGACACCCUAACACCCUUUGGAAGCCGGGUUGCAGUGGCCUGCCAAGUUGAGCUCAGGGGUCUGGCCGUUGCCAAACUUGUUGAGGAAAGCUAUGCUGACAUAAGUGUACUUUCCGGUUGCACAUGUCUCCGAGAGUGUUCCUUCGUUGCCAUUCUGGCCCCAGUAAAUGGCCACCCCACCAGCGGCGGAGCAUGACCGGAUUACUGAGAGCAGAAGAAUGGGAAGGAGGACGAUGAGCAGUUUGGGUUGUGGAUUCUUCGCCAUUGUUGCUCUUCGGGAGAAGGUUUGAUCUUUGUUGAUGUAAAUGAUAGAAGGCUGGUGAUGGUUUAUAUAGGUCUCAGGCCAGUAGCCUGGUGCAAUGACAUGAGACCG